AUGGAGAAUGUUCUAGAAGCUUCGGGCAAAAUGUGUACUGCAGCACAAAUGGGACGCAUUGUUGGGAUCAGCAUUGCAAAAAGUCAGGGAUGCGAUGUUCUAGAAUGUUCAGUGCCGUGGGGGUGUGGCGCAGUAGUGGGACUGAACUGUUCACAUCUGCUCUUCAUUCUUGGCUUAUUAGCUGUUGUAUAUGCGAUCAAUACAUGUAGAAAAUUGCCUUCAAUGUACGGAUUGAUUAUGCAGGAUGCAACGAAUGCCUGGCUGUGUCUUGUAGCGAAUUUACGUUUUAAGAUAAAGCAAGGUGUUAGUUCAAUGACGUCAUUGAACAUAGUUAUGCGUUAUUUGCGUGGGAGGGAAAUCGGCUGA